AUAAAAACAAAACAAAGGAACUUAAAUUAAGGAAAUUAACACUUUUGUUACUGCAGAUGAGCUGUAUAAAACGUGUUUGUCACAGUUCAUACUUGAAACUACAUUAACUGUACUUUCGGUCCGGCAUUAAGGGUCAUUUUAAAUUGUUAAUGAAGUCUCUUCGCCUGUAAAAUUGAUGUAAAAAGAAAUCUUAGGACAUUUCAGUGAGUGAGUUAAUAAAGUCUCUUCGCCUGUAAAAUUGAUGUAAAAAGGAAUCUUGGGACAUUUCAGAACCUUGUUAUCAGCUAUGGAUGUCCAGGUCAAGAUAGAAUGCAAUGCAAAGGACACUAAUCUUGAUUUCACCCCUUCACAAAAAUGUAUUGACGAUCCAUCGUAUAACUGCAGUGAUUGUUCAUGUGUGAUUUCGUCUCAUUCUACAUUGUUGGACCUAAGUAGCCAUUUAAAGAAUGUCCACUCUUGUAACCAUGUUAUUAUGGACUGUGAUGAAGGGGUCGUCAUUCCAAUUGCUGCUAUAAUGUGGGCUGACAUAGAAAAGCUCAUUCAACUGAAGUGCAAUGCGAGAUGUAAAAGCCAAAACGGUGAUAUAAAACCUUUCCUGACAACAGUCUGCGACGUUCAUAUUUCACAGUCUAAUGAAAAGUGUCAAAUGGAGGACCAAAGCAACUAUUUCUUUGAUGAAAAAACUUUAUCAAACGAGAAAGGGGUACAGAACCACAAUGGAACCGACCAGGAUCGCAGAAAACACAGCAAAGUUCAUGAACCGGAAAAGAAAUUCGAAUGCGACAUUUGUGGGUGUAUGUUUAAAGCCCAAAAUUAUUUGAAUGGCCAUCGGAAAAGAGCACAUUCUAAUAUGAUCGUGGGAAAGGACAACUCCAUGAUUAUGCAGAAAGGUGAAGUUAAAGGAAGUAAGUGUGCCAAAGAGGAACUACCCACUGACAAAAGUGCAGAUAUAGAUGAUAGGGAGCAGUAUGAUUCCGACACAGAUACUGAAUAUUUUACAAAGACGGGCAGCUCAGACAUUUUGGAUUUAUCUAAUCAUAAUGAUAUGAACGAGUCUAACACUAAGACCAGUUCUAAUGCAAUAGUUGACGUUAAUGACCCUACUCGAGUGCAAAAUAACCACAAAGAUUUGCAAACUGUGAAGACUGAUACAUUAACGGCAAUCAAAACUUUUGAUGGCUCUGACAGCGCCGAAGAAGAUCUUAAAAUGCCACGUCGUAGAGGGAAAGUAAAGAAGCUGGAUGUUUGCACCGUUUGUGGUAAAAUAGGAAACAACAUAUCUAUUUACAGACAUAUUUUAAGGAAACAUCCAGAGGAAGCAGAAAGGCGAAACUGGAAGGGGAAACCAAGCAAACAUGUGCCAGUAAGAGUACCGUGUGAGAAAUGUGGUCGAUACUUCGAACGCAGAGACUUAAGACGCCAUCUGAAAAAUUAUCACUCGGAAAAAUCUGAACAGAGACGGCAGGGUGCAUUGAAGGAUCGUGAUCUUCCCUGCACGCUAUGUGGAACUGUCUUGAAGAACAAAAGCACCUUAAGGAGUCAUAUGGCAACCGUCCAUGUAUCCGAGCAAAUUCCCUGUGACGUAUGCGGGAAGAAAUAUAAGAACAAAGACUACCUCAGGCAGCAUAUGUACAGUCACAAUACCAAGAAGGAGCAUGAAUGUCAAUACUGUGGUGAAAUGUUUGCAGUCCGCACAUCGUUGUAUCACCACAGAAUAAAGAACCAUACUAAAACUAACCCAACCAUCCCAUGUGAAGUAUGUGGACACAUGUUCCGUAGUCAAACCGAUCUACAAAGACACAAAGCAAAACACACUGACGAACGACCUUUUAUCUGCGAAAUUUGUGGUAAUUCUUACAAGGCCAAAGAGGACUUACGGAGACAUAUGCUGCUCCACGGGCCACCAAAACAUAACUGCCAGUAUUGUGGGAAGGGGUUUCACCAGUUGAGUAAUAUGCGAAUUCAUUAUAAAGUACACAGUAAAGAGAUUGCAGCUGCGACUUCCUGAUACUGUUAAAUUAAAUAUACAUACAUUGCAAGAUGUCACAAAGGUGUGACAUGGUUUACCACACAUGUUGUUUUAAGUGAUAAAAGAUAGUAAUACUUUGUGGACGAUAACUGAAUCUAGAUAGUGUUGCCAUAGUCAUGUAUGCGACAACUUAUAUAUACUGUAUGUAUAAGUAUAUUAUUUGUCUGCUAUCUCUUUUCGACAUUCUGUUUGUUCAAUUAUUCAAUUGUUAAGCCCACAGAGGGCAUUCACUUGGUAUGCUUAUUCGUUUUAUCAGGACAGAACAGAACAUAGUUUAUAACAUGUAAACUUUACAAUUUUUUGUUAUAUUUACAUAUAGAUAUAUCAACAUUACAGCUAUACUAUGCAGUAAGCUAGUUCUAUUAUUGACAUUUAAAGGAUGUAAAUAUUUUUAUUGCAAUUCAUCUUAAUGAGUAUAAAAAUAUUAUUUGAUUUCCGUAUACAUAAUGAUAUUGACACAAUCUUGUUCAAUAUGUAACAUACUAACAUGACAAAUAUAGUAUUACACAUCUAAACAUAAGGAUAAAACAUAUAUUAUAAAUGUUAAUGUAAAAAACUACUUAUUACGAUGAACCACCUCAUAAUCUGGUUUAUAUUUUCAUUAAACAGUGUAUCGAAUCUAAAGUGCUUUCGAUAUAUAUUUACCUAACACAAAUAAUUCAGAUUCGUUUUGUGUAUUAAACAGCUGAAGAUUUAUAAUAAUAUAUUACUCUUUUUUAAGUUUAAUCCAGUAUUUUAAAAUACAUACGUAUCUAUCUAUUUCCAU